UAUAUAUUUAAACGCCUUCACAAAGUGUGAUCUACACUACAACUGGAUUCAGUGUAUUCAGAAUGAAAUUCACUAUUGUGUGGAUUUUAUUCAUUUAUAAAAUAACUUUGGUUUAUAGUUUUGUUAACCAGUUAAAGAUACAGAAACGUGUAAUCAAUGGUCAAAAAGCUGAGAAAUAUGCCUAUCCAUGGGCAGUAUCGAUAAAAGGCACAAAUCCAGUCUAUAAACAAGUAACAUAUUGCGGUUCAACACUGAUUGGUGACCGUUGGCUAAUAACUGCUGCUCAUUGUUUUUGGGCAGGAUCAUGGACAAAAUCACAUUUAAUGGAGCCGAGUAACUGGCAUGUUCAAGCUGGAAGCAAUAUAAUUGAACUUGGAGAAGAAUAUGGAUACAAAGGGCAUGUCUUGAAACCUGGAGCUACUGAACGACAGUCUCUUAUUACUACUCUGAUUAAAAGACUAAUUGAUAUCUUCUCUUCUAGAAAAGGAAAAGAAGGGGCUGUCUGGCAUACACAUUUGAAACAAAUUAUACUUCAUCCAAAAUAUAGACCUGACGAUUUGGAGUAUGAUCUUGCAGUGUUAGAGUUAGAUGCACCCUUACCUUUAGAAGAUCCUGGAGUUCAACUGGCUGAAUUACCACCAAGUGAAUAUUAUUUGACUUGGCCACCUGAAAAUGCUGAAUGCAUAUUUGUUGGUUGGGGAUGCCGAGUGAAACACGGAAAACCAUCAGCAGAAGCACAAGUAGUUCAUUUGACAACACUAACAAAUGAUGACUGUUCAUUAAUGUAUGGUCAUGCAGCAGGUUUAAAUGAUAAUCAUGAAUUUUGUGCUGGUUAUUACCAAGGUCGUGUCGGUAUAUGUUCGGGAGACAGUGGAAGUGGUUUGGUCUACAAAAAAGAUGAUAAAAAUUAUGUGGUAGGUGUGGCUUCAGCUACACACGCUACUGCUCCAGAACUCUAUCCAGGAUUGUUUACACGCGUUUCCUACUUUAGAGACUGGAUCACUGAAGUGAUAGGUAAAGGUACAAAUUCAACUGGUACGAAAUAAUCUGUAGCUUUACACUAUAAAAAACGGGAGGAUAUUUUCAAUCAUAUUUAACUUCAAAUGACAAUUAUUUUUCACUUUUAGAUUAUGUAAAACCAAAAUUACUAUUCUGGUCAUUUUUGUCUUUUCAUAUUACCGUAUUUUAAUUUCACAUGACUUGAUUGUGCAUUGAAAAUGGAUUUAUUUCAACG